GAAUUAUUUGCUUAAAUUUGUCUUAAAAAUUUCUUGUACUUGAUUUUUUUAAAAUUGCUCAUCGAGCAAAGGUCCUAUUUGCAAGAGUAGCAUCUUCUGCCCGUUGGCCGUUACCAAUUUCCCUCUACCAGCAAGACUACCGCUGCAAGAAGAUCCAACUCAAACAUCAACGCGGCGAGGGUUCCGAGAUCGGGAGGCGAGGCCGCGCCACGCCGCGCCGCGCCGCGCCGCCGGCGAUGGAGGAGGCGGCGAGGCGGACGCUGGUGCUGGUCAACCUGGCGGCCAUCAUGGAGCGCGCCGACGAGGCGCUCCUCCCGGCGGUGUACCGGGAGGUCGGGGAGGCGCUGCGCGCCACGCCCGCGGCGCUCGGCGCCCUCACGCUGUGCCGCUCCUCGGUGCAGGCCGCCUGCUACCCGCUCGCCGCCUACGCCGCCGUCCGCUACGACCGCGCCCGCGUCGUCGCGCUCGGGGCCUUCCUCUGGGCCGCCGCGACCUUCCUCGUCGCCGUCUCCGACAACUUCGCGCAGGUAGCUGUAGCAAGAGGAAUGAAUGGUAUUGGGCUAGCACUUGUAACCCCUGCUAUUCAAUCUUUGGUGGCAGACUACUCCGAUGACAAUUCACGGGGAUCAGCAUUUGGAUGGCUUCAACUUACUGGAAAUUUGGGGUCUCUGAUAGGAGGGUUGUUCUCCAUCAUGCUAGCAUCUACUACAUUCAUGGGCAUUGCUGGUUGGCGCAUUGCCUUUCAUGUUGUUGCUCUCAUCAGUGUCACAGUUGGUAUAUUGGUUCGCCUAUUCGCGGUGGAUCCUCAUUAUAUCAAUUUUGGAAACAAAAAGCAGCAUGUCCGCAAGUCUGCUUGGAGAGAAAUGAAGGAUUUGGUGGUGGAAGCUAAGGCUGUUGUGAAAAUACCAUCUUUUCAAAUCAUUGUAGCGCAGGGAAUUACAGGUUCAUUUCCAUGGUCUGCCUUAUCAUUUGCUCCAAUGUGGCUGGAGUUGAUGGGUUUUACGCAUAAGGGAACUGGAAUUCUCAUGGUCACAUCUGCAGUAGCAAGCUCACUGGGAGGACUGUUUGGUGGAAAAAUGGGGGAUUAUCUUGCUAAGCACUAUCCAAAUUUUGGUAGAAUAGUCAUAUCUCAGAUAAGCUCCGCUUCUGCAAUUCCUCUUGCGGCUCUUUUACUGCUAGGCUUGCCUGAAGACCCAUCUACAGGUUUUUUGCAUGGUUCAGUCAUGUUCAUUGUGGGAUUUUGCAUCUCCUGGAAUGCUCCUGCUACAAACAACCCUAUAUUUGCAGAGAUUGUUCCUGAGAGAUCAAGGACUAGUAUUUAUGCACUCGAUCGUUCCCUUGAAUCUUUAUUUGCUUCAUUCGCUCCACCAGUUGUCGGGUAUCUAGCAGAGCAUGCAUACGGCUACAACCCAAUCACUUAUGGAGUUGGCAUAAGCAGUGUUGAGAGGGACAAGGAAAAUGCCGCUGCCCUAGCCAAGGCUCUUUACACGGCAAUAGCCAUCCCGAUGCUACUCUGUUGCUUCAUCUACUCCCUGUUGUACCAAACAUAUCCUCGAGACAGGGAGAGGGCAAGAAUGGAUUCGCUGAUAACUUCAGAGCUGCAGCGGAUUGAACCGGACAGAUCUCAUCGGACCAGUGAUUAUUACAAUGGGGAAGGUGUGUCGGUGAUCAAUAUUGAGUAUGGGGAGGAAGGGGUGGAUGCUGACGAUGAUGAGAAACCAUUAAUGCAGUUCCGAAUUGAACAAAGCGCGGCUGACAAAUGACCUAGACGUGAGAAGUGUGAGAAUACAGGCAAACGACAAUGUGAUUUAGCAGAUCUUCAGGUCUGUGUUCAUACUCUACAGGAUAAUCAUACCAGCAGUUUUUUUUUAUCUACAGAAAUCUCUGACAGCACAAAUUCUUUAAAGAUGAUAGCUUCCUCAAUAGCUAACGUAUAUAGGAAAUAAUGUUGGUUAGUUGGUUAAUUGGUUUUAUGUGACGGACCUUAGUGAUUAGCAAGAUUUUUGUGGGCCAGGAGAAGGGAGACUCUAGGUUGAAAUGGCAUGUGAUCUUUGGUCACCAGUUCUAUUGUCUACUGUUUUAACUGUUUGAGCCUAUAAUUUGAUGGAAUCAUACAGCAGUUUUGUAAGAUUCAGAAAUAUUACUGGUUAGAAUUUAUAGUUGCUCAGUUGUGUAGGCCCGUCUAGCUCAGUCGGUAGAGCGCAAGGCUCUUAACCUUGUGGUCGUGGGUUCGAGCCCCACGGUGGGCGUUGUUUUUUCUCUGUUUUCUAAUACGUUUUUUUUGUCUAUAAAUAAAUUUUUUUUGAGGGGAAGACGGCAGGAGCUCUGCCAAUUUCAUAAAAGGAGGAGCAGAAAAGGAGGUCGUUUUACAAGCCAGCCAUGCAAGCUGAGGGCAAGCGUACAGCUUGCGAGAUUAAAAACAGAUGGGAAACCCCAAUCUUGAGAAAGUGAACUGCAACAAGAAGUAGAAGGCGUAGAAAACUCAUCUAGGAACUAAGGGCUUCAUCAAACUCUUUGCACAAAGCAAUGAUGAAAUUAACGACCUGAGCUACCGAGUUGUAAAUGUCAUUGAAAAUCCUUCCAUUUCUUUGCAGCCAAAUGCCCCAGGCAGUGUAGAUGAAAAGGCCAUCAAAAUUACGUCUUUGUUCCUUAACUAGCUCCUUCCUGCAAGCCUCCCACCAAUCUAGCAAACGCCCCGGAAAAAGAGAGGGUGAAGGCAUGUGUAGGCCAAGCUUGUUCCACAUGGAGCUCCAAACUUGUCUUGCGAAGGCACAAUCCAUGAGUAGGUGAUUAGCCGUUUCUGGUUCAAUGCCGCAGAGGGGACAGAUCUCACUGUUAUCCCAGCCCCUUAGUUGAAGUUUAUCAGCAGUGAGGAUUUUUCUGUGAAUCA